CCUCAGACUGUGAGGGACGGUGCCGUCCUUCCAACAGAUAAGAGGUUUUCCUGUACUGAGUGUGGGAAAUGUUUCAGUUUAAAAUCCCGUCUUAAUGAGCAUGAAAGAUCUCACACAGGUGAGAAGCCACAUUCCUGCCCCGAGUGCGGCAAAUCUUUUUCACGUAAGUCUAGUCUUAAAAAACAUCAGGGAUCGCACGCGGGGGAGAAGUCGUAUUCCUGCCCUGAUCUCGGGAAAAGCUUUGUAGAAAAAUCACAACUUGUCACACAUCAGAGCUCUCAAACGGAUGAGAAGCCGUAUUCCUGUCCUGAGUGCGGGAAACAUUUUUUAGAUAGGUCCUAUCUUCACAGACACCAGAAAUUGCACAGGGGCGAGAAGCCGCAUUCUUGUUCAGAGUGCGGGAAAUGCUUUUCAAGGAAGUUCAGUCUUAACACGCAUCUGAGAACCCACACAGGUGUGAAGCCGUUCUCCUGUUCGGAGUGCGGAAAACAGUUUUCUGAGAAGUAUGUUCUUUACACGCAUCAGAGACUGCACACGGGUGAGAAGCCGUAUGCUUGUAGCGAGUGCGGGAAAUGCUUUGCAGACAAGUCCAGUCGUCACAGGCAUAUGAGAUUGCACACGGGUGAGAUGCCGUAUUUAUGUUCUGAGUGUGGGAAACGUUUUGCAGACAAGUCCAACCGUGACCGACAUCAGAGAUCUCACACAGGGGAGAAGCCACUUUCAACUUCUGAGUGAGAAUUAUCAGAAGACAUUUAUAUAAAGCUGGGAGGUACAGAGGAACCUCCGAUUACGAGUAUAAUCCUUUCCAGGAUAAUGCUUGUAAUCCAAAGCACUCGCAUAUCAA